AUGACGUCACAGUUCAGCAACCAUAAUGUGUACAAAGCUGGACCUUUUAUUGCAUAUAAUGGAUUUUCUCCUGAGAUACUGCACAAUAUUAUUUAUUGUGUGAAUCUACUACAGUAUGCUGUUUUUAAAAACGUUGCCCUCAUAACACAUGAUAUUAUUGUGUGGAUCUGGCAUGCUGUGUACAUGACUCUAUUCAAGAACUUUCUACAUGGAUUAUACUGCUGAUUUUCAACCUUGUCAACAUAAUUAUGCUACUGAUGCAACUGUCUCCAUAUAUUGACUUACUUGCCAAUACAUUUUCUUGGAAUGAAUAUUUGCGUUCCUUCAACUAUGACUAUCAUUAUAAACAACAGAUUAGAAAUAUUGAUGUUGUUGAAAGCUAUAUAAACUAUUGUCUGGAGUGUGUUGGCAACAUCGAUCCUGUAUUCUGACAACACCUGAUUACUGUAUAAGUGUAUAUAAGGACAAGGUUGUCAACCUAACUUGUUUGACAAAUGACAUCAUAAAGAAUAAAACUUUAAUAAAAUUUUGACGUUAUGCAAAUAGACGAAAUAGAGAUUCUGAUCAGUAUAAUGUUUCUUAAUAAAUAAUGUACAACAUACUUCUGUAACUGGUAUUCUGGGGGACGAUAAAUUUCAAUACUGUUUCUUCAAAUACUAGUGCUAAGACGAUUACAACAACCUACUAAAGGUAAGUCAAACUAUUUUUUUAUUAAUACAUGAUUAGGAUAAUCAGCCGUUUGUUUCCACUACUGUGUACUACCAACAUGUAUUUAUGCAACAUUGUAUUUAUGUCUCCCAGCAUGCAGUCACUUCACUCCAAAUCCAACCCUGGGUACGAAGCUGUCCGUUGUGCUGGACGAACGCUGUCGUCCAGUGUAAUUUGAUUCUGAACACUGGUGAGUAAUCAAUAUUUUUUGACAACCACUGAGCUGUAUAAUAUUAUAACCGGAGGAACUUGCUGCUAUAGCAUGCAAGCCCUCCAGUAAUAUAUAUAUAUAUAUAUAUAUACUGUAGCUCAGUGAUCUCAGCCCGCAUCCAGCCUUUGUCCGUGCCAUGCCUGCUUCGACGUAUGUUCAUUCAAAUCGAACAUCGGACGAUUCUUUGGAAACUAGGUCUGUCAAGGUGGCAAGUUGUACCAAGGGGUACCAACACUUUGACAACUUGUACCAAGGCGUACCAGCACAUUGGUAACUUGUAUCACGUUGUACCAACUUGUGCGAAGUUUUUGCUAAUAUGUGCAAAGUUUGUGCUAAUAUGUGCCUGUUACAAAAAGCAAUACAAAAGUGAUGCAUGGGUAUGAAACGUUUCAUAUUGACACAAGCUUUCUCGAGAGCGAAUAAAGAAUAAAUUUGUUCUAAUAUAUAUACAAAUUGUAUCAAAAUUGUCAUAAAUUGUAAAUUUGUAUUGUGAUUUUAAUUUGUGAAUUUAUUGGGGGAAACGACGCACAAAAUCACCAACAUUCACGCAAUUUAGUAAAGAUGGACAAUUCUUCAAGUUCACGGUAAAUUUACAUUUCUUCUCAACGCUCCCGUAGAGUUUUUAACUAUGGGUUACAUACUAUAAUGUAUUUCACUAUUAUACAAUGCCACCUCACAUACUGUAUAAGGCUUCCAUUUUAUGUGUUCCUGCCUAGGUUAGCUGUAUGUUCAUCUACAAAUAUAUUUCCAUUUACCGUAAUUUUCUGUAUUGAUACCGGUCAACACAACCAAUGUACUUGUUCUAUACGUCUUAUAGUAAUGCCCACCGUUUCUUGCAGGCAAUCGAAGAAUGCAGGUCGCAAUGGAGGUAAUUGUAGCAACAUCUUUCAAACUGUUUUAAGUGUAUGUUGGUGUUAUGUACUAAGCGCAUAAAGCCAGUUUUCCACUUCAAGCGUACCGUACCGAAACGUAUAAAAACAUUUUUAAAUUUCAAAAUUUAGUGUUGAUUGGUUAAUACUUAAUAGUACGCCAAAAAGUUGACUUGCAAACGUGAAAAGUAUAGCUUCUGACAGUUAACUACGAACUUUUCAUUUUGAUACGCGAAUACACCAGCAAGCACGUGGAUUUAUCAACCUCUUCAAUCUGCGCAUGCUCACCAGUACGUUUCGGUUGAAGUGGAAAACUGGCUUCACAGGGACGUUUCGGUUGAAGUGGAAAACUGGCUUCACAGGGACGCCGGAGCGAGUGAGAGCAAUCGCUAAUUAAUAUUUCGUUUCCCAAAAAUGUUGGCGGGCUCUCAACGCUUUUUUAAAUUAAAGAUUUUCUGAUUUGGAUAUGAUUUUCUGGACAAUUAUUACUUCUUUAAAAACAAAGUGUGUCUGACUGGCAUGAAACAACUAAAGAGUUCGAAAUUUUUCAAAAAGUAACAUUAAUCUAACUUGUGGUUUGUUAAUCAAGAAUCUUUUAUUUUCUUUUAGACUCAGAACUCCAAGGUUAUGUGCAUUCCCUCAGUCCGGUCAAAAAUGCUCGCAAUAGCAGAACUUCGUAUUUCAAUUGUUUAAUUCAAACCAGCACAGAUCAAAAAGUCCGUGCUGUCUGUUUUGAUCCCCCUAAAAGGGUAAACUUGCAGCAAGCAUUUCAACAAAAGUCACCAGUAAAAAUUACUGGAGUCAAGAGAAGCUUUAAUACCAGUUUCUCGACCGAUCAAGAAGAAUACAAAAUCCCGAAACAAGCGAAAAUUCAGCCAGCAACUACGAGUUUGAAUUCAAUCCCAAAAUUAGCUCCUGCCAAUUAACUGUGAAACAAGCUCUCUCUGCAGAUUUAUACAAAACCAUCGAUAUUUACGCAAAAGUCAUGAGCAAGCAAGAAAACAAACAACCAAUUCUAAAAAAUGGUAAGAAAAUUUUUAUAAAGUUGAUUGCAUCAUUGCUGACGAAACUGACAGUAUCAAACUUGUUUUGUGGGAGGAACUUAUCAGCCAAGUAGAGUCUGCCAAAAGCUAUCUUUUUCAGAGGUGUUACGUCAUGAGUUUUCGAUGAUGUGAAAUACUUAAGUACCAAUGACUCCACUAUCAUUGAAGCCAAAGAUAACAUUGCGAAUGUAAAUUUGACAUCCAAUGAAAUAAAAGACAACAUUAUUGACGCGCAGUGCUUAGGAGUUCAUAUAAAGAAGCAGCAAACAUGUGUCAUCUGCAACCACACCUUAGAAUUCAAUACACAUGAAGAACUGGUGACUUGUCCUCAUUGUGAUAUAACCAUGCUGCGUAACACGUGCACCACCAAAUUGGUAUGCAGUUUAACUGUAAAAACAUCCAGUGGAAAGUUAGAAACCUUAACAUGCUUCAAUGAUGCGGUACAAAGUUUCCUUGUAUCGAAAAGGGGAUAUCAGUGUCGAAGUGAUAUCACAUGAAAAAUUACAAAAAUUAAUCCUUCAUGCUGGUCAAGUUAAAAUGAUUGUGGACAAGUCCUCUGGAAUAAUAUACCAGUUUCUUGAUUGAUCUAGUUGUUAUAUAACAUUGUAUUGCUAUGUUGGUGCAAAAUAUGAACCUUCUCGGAAGCACUUUUAAAACAAUGGCAUAAAGUUUGAAUUCUCAUUUUAUAUUUUGUUUAGUUUAUGUUCACUACUUAAGAACGUUUGUUUUGUUAAUUAGAGCUUGGACUCUGUGUAGACUUCUUUGUUUUCAAAUAACUUACUUGCUAAAACUGUCUAUUUGAAAAAAAACUAUGGAAGCUAGUUUUGUAUUUGUCCAAUAUUAUUCAGUUUAUCAGAAUGUUUCAUGCUGUCGUCUUUUUUCUUAUUUUUACUUACUUUUAAUGGCUAAAAAAUUCGGAAUAAAUAUUCAGCAGUUUUAAAAAUAAACACUUCCCCUUUUUUCAUUCUUGCACCGUUCUUUUUAUUCUUGAAAGUGCAUUACUUUACAACACAAUUUUUCACAUUGUUUCUGCCUGGCCUUACGGUCAAUUUCAGAUUACUUUUCGGCGUGUGGUUGUGAAUUUGUUGCAAAGUUCAAAAGUUCAUAACGAAAUUCACAAACAGAUUUGUAAAUAAAGUAUAUGAUUGGCUAACAAAUAAAACCAGCCAAUCAAAUGCACGGUUUACAAAGUACAAACCUGUUUGUGAAUUUCAUUAUGAACUUUUGAACUUGGCAACCAAUUUGCGAAGUUCGGAAUGAAGUUCGUAACCACGCGCCGAAAAGUAAUCUGAAAUUGACCAUAACAAGACACCAACAUUUGUUAAAUUCCUAUAAUCUUCUCCAGUCCUGUUAUUAAUUAAAACCCAGCACUGCAGAAAAUUAUAAGCUGUCGGGAAAUUUGCUUUCAAUUUUAGGUUAACCUGGGGUUAAUCUAACCGUCUAAUUUUGAAUAUUGAAGAAAAAAAUCACACUAGAAAUCGCAACAAAAAUUGCAAAUGUAAAGUUCUAAACGCACCUUUAUAAUUAUAUCUGUCGCAGAUACAUGUACGCGUCGCGUACCUAUUUUUAAAUAGUCCCGGGGACAAUCAGGAAAAGAUUUCAUUGUUCUGCCUGGUUGCUGUUCAAACACGUCUUGUUCAUUUAAAGUUCUUAGAAUUUUAUAUAAAUCUUGAUUGAUAUCUUUCUUACUGUGCUCACCAGAUGUGCUUUGAAUGGAUUGGAUUCGUGAUAGUUCGUGACAUACGGAAGUAAAUUUUGAGCUCCGUAUUUUGAUCAAAAUUUAACCAGUUUCAUUGUCCUUGGAUGAUAAAUUAUUGUACAAAGUAUUGCCUAAAGUAUAAACCUACUGGAAUUUGGUAGUAUUACUGGAGUUUUGAAUUGUAAAGAACUUGUUUUUUCUGUUUAAAGUUGUUGCUUUGAUCAAAUUCAGUUAGAUUUUUUAUUUUUCGGUCGCGCGCGUGCAACCGUUAACGUGUGAGCAAAUACACUUCGUCAGCGCGUGCGUUGAACAGUUUUCUUAUUCGAAAACUAAUUAAGAACAACUGAAACUUCGGCGCGUGCCAAUUAGAACAGAUUUAUCACUGGGACGGCGUUUCUUACAGUUUAAUUGUCUACAAAUCGUGUUUGUGAAUGUCCAUGGUACCUAUAUUGUGAACAAUGUUUAUGUACUUCGUCUUGUUGUGGCUUGUCUUCAGUGGAAGUAAUUGUAAUUCUGGCAAUAAUAAUACAGUAUCACCCAAAGAUAAAUGUCAUGCUCACGAUCGUUUCAUCAUCGAUAACAACUCCAAGCGGCGACACAAAUAUAUGGCUUCACGAUUUCGAUACUAUCCCAAUACUGACGCAUCUUUCAACGUGGAACGGAAUCCUGGUCCUUCCAAAUCGAAUAAAACGAACACGUCAGAAACAAGAAUUCAGUCUCUCACGUUUGUUUUGCAAAAUAUUCGAAGCAUUAAAUCUGUUCAACUUGACUCCACCAAUUCUCGAGAGAAUAAGUUAUCCUGCUUUCAAGAUAUUGUAUUGGCUAAUCAAUUUGACGUGAUCGCACUUACUGAAACUUGGUUACACAAUUCUGUUACCAACUAUGAAGUUAUUCCGAACGGCUACCAAAUAAUCCGAAGAGACCGUCAAUCUGGAAAGCGUGGCGGUGGUGUAUUGCUAGCAGUGAAGGAUACUAUUGCUACUGAACCUUUCACGUUUAACUGUGAAUCCCUUGAACUUUCGAGUGUUGUUAUUAAAUCUUUUUCCAAAAGAGUUCUUGUUGCUGUAUGUUAUAGACCUCCUGACGCAGAUAAUGUUUUUCUUCUCAACUUGAACAACUUCGUGAAAUCGGCCAUCAACUCCAAUAUCAAGGAUAUUAUCUUGCUCGGCGAUUUCAACUUUUCUACCAUUCAGUGGACAAACGGCUCGGGAUUUGCUGACUCGUCAAGCGAGACCAUCUUUACGGACAUGCUGCAGGACAAUAGUUUCUUCCAACUUGUAACCCAACCAACCCGUGGCUCAAAUAUACUCGACCUAAUCCUUACCACCAACGAAAACCUAGUUGAAAACAUCGAGGUUACAGAUGAUGAAGCUGUCUCCCUCCAAUCAGACCAUAAAGCGAUUUUGUUUAACCUCCUCCUCCACACAAAACCUAAGAAGUCAGCUAGAAGAACAGUUUAUAACUACAACAAAGGCGACUUUGCAGCUCUUAGAGAAUCAUUGAAAUUGUUGCCGUUGACUGAUAUUGUUCUCUGUGAGGAUGAUAUUGAUAUCGCUUGGUCAAAAUGGUGUGACACCUUCCUUGCUGCCGUAGACACUUUUAUUCCAAGUAAACAAACUUCCCGAUCCUAUACUCCACCCUACUUCACAAGCGAGAUAGUUCACCUCCUGCACCAGAAAGAAACUACAAGAAAACGGGCAAAGAAAUCGGACUCGGUAGAGCUAUGGGAGAAAUUUCGGGAUCAGCGCAGGACUGUUAAAAGUCUAAUCAAGACCAAGAAACGCGAAUAUAUCAAGAAUCUGGCAGAAACAUUACCAACAAACCCCAAGGAAUUUUGGAAAUUUUUUAAAACUAAGUCAAACAAGUAUUCACUACCAGAUACCAUGACUCUUGCUGAUUCGUCUUUUACCACCUCGACAGCUAAAGCAGAUGCUUUUAACAAAUUCUUUGCCUCCGUGUUUCUUCCUCGCCCCGACAAUCCAUGUCUUCCAACUCCUACCAUGGAAUUCGACAACUCAACCGAGUUCACUCCAGUUUCCAUUGAAGAAGUCCUCAGUCUAUUAUCUGCGUUAUCUACUGCGAAAGCUACGGGUCCAGAUGGGAUAUCUGCGAGAUUAUUGAAAGAGUGCGCUGACGCUAUUGCUCCAUCCCUUACUGAACUAUUCAACAAGUCGUUAGCCUUGGGUAAGGUUCCUACAGAGUGGAAGUAUGCAAAUAUCGUUCCCGUUCCCAAAACCAAAGAAACUCGCGUCAUCGGCAUCUACCGCCCAAUAUCCUUACUAUCCCUUGUGUCUAAAGUCCUUGAGCACGCGGUCCACGCCCGAACCCUCUAUAUCGUCAAACCUCUACUCCACUACCAACAACAUGGCUUUCGUGCAGGAAGGUCCUGUAUCACCCAACUACUCGAUGUUGUACACAAUAUUGGCAAGGCAUUAGACUGUGGAAAAGAAAUUGACAUGAUAUAUUUGGACUUUUCAAAAGCAUUUGACUCUGUUCCCCACGAUAAACUAAUUGUGAAACUCCAACAAUUUGGAAUAACAGGACGGCUUUUGCACUGGUAUAGCGACUAUUUAAUGGGACGAAAACAACGUGUUGUAGUAGAUGGUGUUUCGUCGAGCUAUCUUGAUGUGACCUCCGGAGUUCCACAAGGAAGUAUUGUCGGCCCCCUACUCUUCCUGGUCUCUGUUAACGACCUCCCUGACGCUGCUAAAUACAGCAAAGUACCCAUGUUUGCCGACGACAGCAAAUGUUAUCGAGUCAUAGAAACGUCACAUGACACUCAACUCCUUCAGUCCGAUCUGCAAUCCCUUUGCAAUUGGUCCUCUACCUCAGAAUUGAAGUUUAAUCUCAAAAAAUGCAUUGGAAUCAGAUUCUCCCGCAAACGUUUAAUUGAGUCACCCGAAUACAGUUUAAACCAAGAACCGAUAACCCUUAAACCCUCCCAAAAGGACCUCGGAAUAAUAAUUAGUAACAACUUAAAAUGGUCACCUCAGAUAACCAGUAUCGUGUCAAAGGCAAAUCAGAUGCUUGGUUUUCUCCGACGUAACUGUAUCCACCUGACUGAUACGAAAUGUCGACGCUCACUCUAUCUAGCACUCGUGAGAGCUCAUCUGUGUUAUGGAAGUGAACUUUGGGCGCCUCAAUCAACAUCAAAGGACCUUCUCCGUAUCGAAAGUGUUCAACGACGAGCGUCCAAAUACAUACUUCAAGAUUACCACUCUUCCUACACUGACCGACUGAAACUUCUUAACCUUCUCCCUAUUUCGUACUG